UCACUAUUAGGUAUUUAUAUUAACGCCGCUGUGAACAAAUACGAACAAAGGAACUCGGUUGCAUUGCAGUAAUAUCAGCUGCGUAAAAUGAAGUCAGUAUUCAUCAGUGUUGUGUUGUUAAUCGUUGUAAUCGCCAUGGCGAGUGCGGAUGAUACACCUAAAAAAGUUUAUUAUGAUGUUAACGAGGCACCUUCAUUAUUUGAAAAGUUUGUGAAGGAAUACAAUAGAGAAUACAAGGAUGAAACGGACAGAAAGACCCAUUACGAUGCGUUUGUAAAAAGUUUACAUAGCAUAAAUGAGAUGAACGCAAAUCAACCUCACGCAACUUUUGGCAUCAACCAAUUUGCUGAUUACACAGAGGAGGAAAGGAAAUCUAUGUUUGGAUUUAAAAAUCAGUAAUUAAGGCGUCGCCAAAGAAACUGAGAGUAAUUUAGAUAAUAAAAGUAACGAUAUAUUUUUAUAUAAAAAAAGAAACAUUGUUUAAAAAUAUGAUAUUCUAAGUAUUUAAAUAUAAUUUGAUAUUAUUAAAUAUUACUUUAAAAGCAUUGUAGCUGUUAUAAUAAAAUAUUGUAAGUUUCAUUUUACAGACAUGAAAAUAUAAAAUUAUUGUUUAUUAUACGUCAUAGAUAUUAUUGUAUAAAAUAUAUGAUUAACAUCAAAUAACAUUUUUAAUAGGAAGAACAAUAAGAACAUCAGAAAUUAUGCAAGUAUAGGCAAAUAAGUACGACAACUUGUUUCUGUCUUAGUUUAUAAAUUACUCAUCAUUAUCAAUCAUGUUGACUAUCAUAAUUGCCUAAGUAAUUUACAUAUAAAAAAUAAGUAGGUAAACAGAGAUUAUUAUUGAAUAUUUUAAAAUAGAUAUAUAUUUAUCUCUGUAUUAAUGAAAAUCAACAAAUAUAUGUACUUCUUUAAAUAAAUAUUAAUUGAAAACAUGUACAACUUUUCAAAAUAAAAUAAUGUAUUUUUUUA